GAUGGUUUACCAGAUUUUGAAUGUGAAAUUGUAAGAACGACUUCUAUAUUUCAUAAUUCUUCUAAAUCCCUAUCUGGUCAGAUAGGGAGAACUCAAAUGAAAGUGAUAGAUUCGCCAAAGUGAUUUUUUUGGAACAAUCAUUCACGUUAUUUGUCUCCGAGAAACUAUCAUGUAUUUUUUAAAUGGACCGGAAAAAGAAUCAGCCAGUAUAAGUUGGUCUUUUUGACAACAAUUUCACCGAUACCAAUAAUCGUUUAUAGAGAAGUAGAAAGCCAAAAUAUGAAUUUCGCAAAAAGUCAUCUCUCCUAAAAAAUACAACUUUCAAUUCAUAACCGUUCAAUUAUUGAAGUUUCAAACGUCAUUUAUAUAUAAGCUCUGAAAUGAGCUAUUUUUUAUAUUUAUUCGACUUUGUAUCUUUUGCUAUUUUUCCAUGCUAUCUUCCCUUAGCUUGAACAUAUUGUAUGGCGAACAAAGAAUGUUAUUAACCCAUUUCAUCUCACCAUUCAUUGAUUCUGAAAAUUUCAUUUUUUUAAAAUUUGAUCUGGAAUUAAACAUCUCCACUAAGAUUUGCUAGAACAUUCCAGGAGAAGUUCGACGACAAAAUGAAGUAUCUUCUUCUUGCAUCACUAUGUGUAGUGGGAAACUCUAGUCCAACCCUUGUAGACAUUGGUGUUUCAGGAGGCGGUUACGGCGGCAAUGGAGGUGGAGGUGGUUGGCAAGGAGCUGUUGGUUUAAAUGGUGACGAUGGCGGUUAUGGUGGUGGAGGCGGUUUCGGCGACGGUGGAUAUGAAGGUGCCGCCAGUAGUUACGGUGCCAUCGAACACGGUGGCGGUGAAAACGGCGGAGAUUUCCAUCACGGCGUGAGCAUCGUGGGGACAGGGGGCGGCAAUAACAAAGGAAAAAUUUUUGACCUCACCGAUCACGGUGGUGAUAAACACCAGGGAUCUUUCGGAGGCAGCUUCGUAGCCUCCGCCAAAUACAGCGCCGGGGGCCAUGACGGCAGCAGCGGCGGUGAAUUCGGUGGUUACGGAGGAUCCUUGGGAGGGGGCGGAUUCGCCGAAAAAUACAGCCAUGUUCUGGGCGCCAGCGAACAAGGGGUAGGAGGUAGCUACGCCGGGUACGAGUCGCUCCCUUCCGGAUCCUUUGGGGGUGAAGGGCUUUCUUCGUACAGCAGCGGGGGAGAUAUAGGAGGGGGAUACCACUGAAGAUUAUAUUUAUUUUUGGUGUUUGUACAUAUUUAU